GUGUGGUGUGCGGCUGUACACACCCUAACUCUUCGAAAUGGCAGGUCUCUGUGGUCUCAAGAUCCUGCUGGUCUGUGCUGGGAUCAUCAUUUUGGCCAACUGCCAAGGUGGAGAUCCACCUGCAAAACCAGCAGAUCAAACACCAGCUGCAAAUACAACAACCACUUCUGCUCCUCCUGCAAGCACCUCACCCUCACCCUCACCUUCACCCUCAACCUUACCCACACCCUCAACCUCAACCACACCAAGCAAGCCAUUAGACUCUCAGGCAAACACCACUCAAUCCCAGUCUUUACCUCCAACCACCAUGUCCAACACCACAGUGACUGCCACCAAAGCCACCACACCAGCCCCUCCACAGUGUUCUUACACUGUCAACGCCAUCACGUUUGGCUUCCAAAUUGACAUGAAGAACUCUACCACUGGAAACUACACAAUAAAGAUUAAAGAAAAGGGACGACCAAAGACUGAAGAAAUGUUCACCGUUCAUUUCUUCAUUCAAAACUCACCACAUGAAAUCAAAGACCUGAAGCCCUGUACUGAAUAUGAGCAUAAUGUGGCAUUUAUUGAUAGUGCUGGCAAAGAAACAUCCUGUAACAGCACUGAAAAGAAAACUUGGACAAAUGGAAUAAGUGAUGGUGACAUUACAGAUGAAAGCUGCAUACCCAGAUACGUUUGUUACCAUAGUGGUUGGGACAUCAGCUCUUCUCUAAUUUCAUCAAAUAAUAUUACAGCUGAGAAAUGCACAAAUGAAAGUAAAGUGUUUUGUAUCAAACCUGGUUACGAUGACAUUUGCACAAAUUUGACUACAACCAUCACUUCAGAAACGUGUUCCGAUUAUUACCUCACCAGAAGCAUCACUCUUGAUUUCUUAGAGCCUAGUGAAAUAAAACAGCCAAAUCCAAAUCAUCUUCCUGCAAUAAAACCAAAAUUACCUGUAAACUGCAGCCAUCUCACUAUUGAUUACACCUGUCAGGAAAAUGGAAAACCCAAUGACACCAAGGAACUGUCUGAGCUGGAGCCCUUCACAGACUACAGCUGUACUGGUCAGAUCAAGGAACACAACGUCACCAUUAAAAAAUCUUUCAAGUUCAAGGUUGACUGUGAUCUUAAAUUAAACAUAGAGAAUAAAACAACCGAUACCUCCAUUUAUCUGAAAUGGAGCACGAUCAGUAUGAAUUGUCAAGAUGUCCUUCCUAAUCUAAAGAAGCUUUCUUACAACUGCAGUUGUACUCCAACUGCCUCAAAUCAGAAACACAGAAAUACAACUAAAAAUCUACCAUCAGAAGGAACAUGUAACAUUACUGGACUGGAACCAUUCAAAGAAUAUACCUGUGAAGUCCAACCCAUAUACAACAACAAGGAAGUUUCCAAACCUCAGACAGUUAGACAGGAGACUGCGAUUGGAACACCAAAGAAAAUAAAUACACUGACGGUGAAAGUUCCAGAGAAUAACGUGAUAACAGUAGCCUGUGAUUAUAGAGAAGUCAAGUUUAACGGACCUCCGGGACCCAUCAAUGCACAUCUUCUUUAUAAUGGUAUCACUCAGGAGAAGCUGACAAACAAUAAAUGCGAAUUUGUAUUCGAAGAUCUAAGCUACUCAACGGAAUACGAAGUAAAGGUGACUGCUUUCAACGGCCGUUUUCACAGCGACCCCAAGACAGAAUCUGUUACCACUCGCUACAAUGACAAAGCGGUCAUUGAUUUUCUGGUCUUCAUCAUCAUCAUCAUUGCUUUUGUGGCCUUGGUUCUGGCAGCCUACAAGAUCUACCAUUACAGAAAGUCCAAAAAGGAUGUGAGAGGGGAUGUGAUGCUUGAACCAACAGAAAUUUAUGUUAAUGUACCUCGAUAUAAAUACCGUCAUAAGGACACACUCUGAUGAAGAAAGACCUGA